AUGAGAUAAGAUAGUCCUCGCUUUAGAGCAGCAUUACUUCAUUCCAUUGAAUAAGAAAGAAGCAAAAAAUUAAUGGAUUUUAAUGAACUUUUGAAGGAUAAUGAACUCACUUAUCUCAAAUUUGCCUUCAAAACUGAAGAAAGAUAAGAAAAUAUUUAUAUCAAGUAAUUUUAAAAAGGCACUAAUUUCCAGAGAACAGGUUUCAUAUUUAUUGUAACCUAAAGGGACAAUGAAUAUUGGUGAUCUAUGGUCAAAUGCUUAAAUCAAUAGGUAUUUAGAUAUCUCUAGAUUUACGAAAGAUAAAUUCUUAUUACAAAAAUUAGCUAAAUAAAAUAAUAAAUUCACUUAUAUUCGAAAGCCUAAUACCUUUUUUUCUUAAACACCCAGACCUCAACCUGUUGAAAAGAAGGACCUCAAAUCUAUUAUUACAGAAUUAAAUAUUUUGCAUAAAGAAAAUAAAAAACUACGAUCUUAAAUUAAUCGAAAAAUUUAUUGUAAAACAGUCUAAUUUUGAAAAUCUAAAC